GUCAGAGAAUGGACUGCUAUCUUGCCUGCUAGCAUUAGCUUGAAGAAUUGCUACAGGGCGCGAGGUGAGGAUCAAGCUCCUGUUCCACAAAGCUUCACCUUCAUGAGGAGGGGGGUGAUGCCACGACGUGGCCAGGGUCUGCAAGUUAGUGACCGGGUUCCACGUGCUUUGCGCACAACUGACAUGGACAUUGCUGACUCUGAUGUGUUUGUGAUGGUCAAAGAAACCAUGGCAGCCUCUUCUUUAUCACAAGACCCCUUGCUGGUUAUGCCAGGGAUGCUGCUAAGGGAUUCUGAACGGUGUCUGGAGAAAGCAAAUCAUGAGUCUUGCCCUGUGGUCACAGCAAAAAGGGAUCGUGAAAGACAUGAUGAGCUUCAGGCAAUCUAUAUGGCCUUGAAGCGUGACUUUCCGCAUAUGCGAAGGGGUUUGGCUUUCUAUGAGAGCAUGCUGCGUGGCGAUCCUAGUGGUCAAAGGGUUCCCAAACUCACGUUUCUUCAGCGGGCACACCAACAGAACCAACAACGUUUACCUCCUGAACUGGGCGCACGGCCACAAGCGCCCAAACCCCAUGAACUUCAGGUCAUUGGGCAAAAGAAUCUUGGUGUCCAUCUCAAUGAGGUGUUCGGCGACCGGGAGAGAAUGGAAUCGGCAAUCAAUGAGUAUGUCAUGGUAGAGUCUGUGCCACCUUCGAAGCCACACACACAACUGGUGCCCCUGGAAUCCACGGAUGAGUUCUACCUUCCUUUGUCGGCAUUUUCUUACUCAGUGAAUGCCAAGAAUGGAUACUUUCCAUCCAACGUCCAGUACGAAGCCCACUUCUUCGAGUUUCUGACAUGGGGGUACAAGCCAGCCCUCGGAAACAUUGAAGUUCGAUUUCCUUGUGCCAAAGCUGAUCGAAAGAUUGAUGUCUUUACUGUUGGCUAUGAUGAUGGAAUGUGCAAGGCCAUCAUUAUGUUGGCAAUUGUUGGCUUCAUCAAGGAGCUAGAGAUCGACAUGUCACGUGAUGAUGGGUCCUUGAAAAUGGUGCUCAGUAGCUUCAGGUCAAUCAGGUGUAGCUACAUUUACUUUGAAAACCCGAGAGACCAUUUCCUCCACAGCCUGAGAAGCUUGCCUCAUGUUGAUAUAACUUUUAAUGUUUGGAUUUGA